AUUGUCGUCAUAUGGUAACGAGGCUGCUUGAAAAUGGCGUCGACUUAUGCACAGAAAGCAGCGAAAGGAAAAUCGCAAGAACAAAUUAUUGCUGGUUUUCAAGAACUCCGACAGCAACAAAGGAUACUAGCAACGAAGAUAUCCGAAAUAGAGAUGGAUAUGAAAGAACAUGAACUGGUGAUCGAGACACUGAAAGAGGUAGAUUCCGACAGGAAGUGUUUCCGUAUGGUCGGCGGGGUUCUGGUUGAGAGAACGGUAAAGGAUGUCCUACCCGCGCUCGUCAAUAACAAGGACCAGAUGAACAAUUUGGUGGGCACAUUAACGAAGCAGUUGGAAACAAAGGGCACCGAUAUCAACAAAUACAGAGAACAUCACGGCCUGAAGAUCCGGGGCGAGGAGACUAAAGACACGCCAGAAACACAAGACAAGGAGACAAAGUCUGGCGGAGUUCUUGUUGCCAAAAACUCAUAACAUGGACAUGUGUUUGUGAAUCAGUGUUGACAUAUUCCAUCGUACACAGCAGCAGAGCCCUGGCUUGGAGCCAUCUCACAUUGUUCCAGAAAUACAUUUGGACUGUGUCUGUUUUUUUGUCAUCUUCCUGGAAGUACUGUGUUCGAACUUCCUUGCAUUUUAGUGCCAAUGAAACGGUUAGGAUCAUAAUUGCAUGCUUAAAUGUUUCAAAAUCAUUUCAUAAUUUAAGAAAACAAUUUAAACUUUAGGAUGUUUUGGAUGAUAGCAGCGAUGUCCAGGAAUUUGAGUUGAUCCGAUACCCUGCAUGGGGAAAAUAAUCUAAUCAAAGCACCACAAAAACAUACAACAUGUUAAUAUUUAAUUACACUUUGUUAAUCCAUUGUCUGGUGUUCUUAACAGGAGGCUGGAUUUAUUGUAAGUUGAUAAACUUAAUCGUUAAUAAAUUCUUACUCACUAAAUUAUAUAAGAGUAUUCGAAGGGAUUCUGGAUGUCUACGUUGGAACAGUUUGAGAUGCUCAUCCCAGAGAAUGAACUGCUGAAAGACUGGUCAAGUAUGGAAGGCUGUCUCUUGUGCUUCGCUGCCAGACUGUAUGCACGUCUCCUUGAGGGCUGGAACAAUGGACAAAAACCUUUUUUUACCCUGUUGUUUGUGCUCUCUUCAUGAAGGUGAAGUGCAUCACCUUUGUUGAGUCCAUGGUGUUUCCUCUUGACAUGCUUAUUUCCCAACCUUUUGGUUUCCUGCUAUUCUGAGGCCAAUGUGACAAGCUGUGUUUCACCAACAAUAUAAAGAACUAAUAAAUGAGAGGAUUGAC